AUGAACAAGGUAUCCAAAGACGAAAACGAUCGGAGAUUUAUCGACGCAGUGGUGAAACGCAUUGAGUCGUUACUUCCGUUCAGAACUGGCCACAGUGUUCAAGAAGUGGAGAUUGAUGCCCAGUUCAUAACAUCAAAAAGGAUAUUGUUGGAUUUUCACUGUAAAAAUGGACACAUGAUUUCGUUGAUUGUUACAUCAUUCACGUCAUUGCUACAGACAAUCAACACAGAGGCUCAAAAUGCAAGACUUAAAUACAGAGACGAGAAAUCUAGAUCCUCAACAUUACUAGUCUGCAAGACCUUGGCCGAGAUAUUGAAAGCCAAUUGGGAUAGAGAAACAACUUUUUUGGAUGAUAAAGAUAUCUUGAGCAACUACUCGCGGUUUUACUACUAUGAACCUCCGCAACCACUAGAUCCAUCCAUAGUGCCUGAAGCUUUGAGCUUUUACAUUAAUCUCAUGUCUACCGGGGUGGUUAGAAAGGUACUUUCAAUGGUGAGAAAUGAGAAAACAAUGACAAAUAUAGCUGUUGCGAAGGAAGAGCAAGACAUUGCAAGGGAAGAUCAGCCAAUGACCCAUCUGGAGAAGGUUUUCAGUGCAAUUUCCGAAAUUGACUCGUAUAUUGAAGUGGUCCUCCGUUUCAUAUCCACUGCCAAUCCAGAUGACUACUACAAGUAUAUUCAAACAAGGCUUUACGCCUACUCCGACAACAAUCAAACCAUACCGCUACCGACGAUUCAAAAAUAUUGCCCAGUAAUGAAGUAUGCUUUUUACUCGGAAAUGAAUGCAUUGACUUUUGCCGAGGAAUCUUUGAAAACUAUUUCGUUUAUCAAAUCAAAUACAUGGAAACAAGUGUACCUUUUCUUCUUGGCCACGAGUAUCAAAGAUCAAUCGCUUUCCAGAGUAGGCGAUUAUUAUGCCUUGGUAGACCCCAACAACUUACGUCACGCAACUGCAUUGAAACAACUUUUUGAUUCGGCAAUGUCAGUAUUUGAGGACAACUACACCCUAGUCUCUUGUGCUCCUUACAUCUUGACAUGCUUUCUGACCCUUUGUGUUAGUGAUUUCGCAGAAAUGAACUCAAUAAAGCCAUUAAACAAAUUGAAAUUGGCAUUCAACAAACGACUCAGAUUCCUAUCAACAAUACUCAAAGAUGCAUCAAACAGUAGCAAUUUGGAAAGCUUUGACGCACUAAUAAAUAUAUUCCACUUGGGAGCGAGACUUGAGACUAGUAAUUUCAGGAAACAUCCAGUUUUGAUGUUCAGUUUGAGACACUUGGAUGAGGUUUUCCAUCAGUUGAUAAGAUAUGAAGAGGUCCAUCGAGAUAAAUUGGUUACUGAUGAAGAGCUUGCCACGAAACGUGAUUACUUGUUGGUGAAUUAUUACAUUGCUGCUGUUAUUCUUCGGCCGGAAAAAUAUGCCAAGAUCAUUAUUGAACGCUACAGGCAAUCCGAAGCUGAUAUGAGAGUAAAUAAGCUUUUUGUUAAGUUGGUUAAAGGGUUGGCGGAGAUUGAAAUUGCCAAGGACAUUUUCCACUCCUUCGUGUUGCAAUUCAGGACUACUUUAAAAUCGAUCAUGUAUGGUUCAUUAAAGAUACUACGUGGGUAUGGAGAACAAAAUAUCAACGAAUCGUCCGACUAUUCUUCGUAUUCGUCGGAUGCUUUGAGUAUUGAUGAGAACGAAAUCAAGGCUAAUCAAGCAACAGACUAUGCUUUUGGCCAGAACAAAUCAAGUAUUGACCAUUAUGCAGAAGCAUUGUUUGACAAAUCGCAACCGUCAAAAGAUGACAGAUUCAAGUCGUCAACAGCAAUCUCAUUGGCAUCUUCAAACUCAUAUAAUUUCCGUAUUGUGAAUGGAGCAGAAGAGAUUGUUUCUGAUAUUUUUUUGAUAUUUGCUGCUGCUCCUGAGCUCUAUUUCAAUGACGAGAAGUUGAUGGAUGACUCAAACUUGGAAUCCACACCCUACAGCCAGUUGUUAAGUCUGGUGGUUGAAUUUUGUCAUAAUGCUAUCGUCCCCAUCAGAUUGGCCUUUAAAGCGAACUGGAUAGUCGAUGGAAAUUCGCGAUUAUUUGAUUCUGCACGAACUUUAUCCAUGCAAAUGGUGACACUCGGAAACAAAAUCGAGACUGAACGCACGUCUUUGUCCACUUUUGCAAAUUUCACCAUUUGCAACUGCAUUGUUCAAUCAAUUUGCGAAACAUGUCUAGGUUUAACUUUAUCCAACCCCAAAUUCAAAUCGAGUUUUUUGUUCUUGAUCAACUUUUUGCAUCAACGUGAUAAAUAUAGUGAUUUCGUUCGGUCAAAUGCAAUUAUUCUCGACCACAAGUCACGUGAAUUGUAUCAAACAUGUGGUAAAAUCAUUCAUUCGGUUGAAAAAGUUUUACUCUUGUCCUUGUGCACCCAUGAUGUACAAUUUUACAACUACACAAAGCAAGGAAUCAAGUGGUACAUCAAUGAAAUUCACAACAACAAAGUAUUGUACAGGGCCCUGGAAAUUGAAGAUAAUCAGCUCGAACUUUUUGAGAAAUUAAGCAAUGACGAUGGAGUGUUUACCGGGUUUGUUUCGUUGCAAAAGAGACAUCGUAAGAUUCUUCGUGAUGCCAAGCCCACGAAAUCUUUGUACCAUGUUUGGUUGAUUAUUUUUUCAAGAUGGAACCGGGUUUUGAGAACAAACGACCAGAUUAAUGAAAACAAUUUGAUAUUCCGUCAUUUUACCGGAUUCUUGGUGUCAACAUCAGGGUGUUUCAUGUCGGCAAACACCACUGGUAGUGGUACUGAUGAAAUUCAUCAGAGAAGUAGUGCACACAUUUCCGACUUCUUUGACAAGUGCAUUGACCUAUUGAAUUCGUCGGAUUUGGUUGUUCGAGUAAUUAUAAAGGAUACGUUGUCGAAUGAGUCGCAUUCUGACGUUUAUCACCUUAUUGCAACAAAGCUCAUGGCUCGUGCGAGUGCCUAUGCUGAGGAAAAAUUUCAUACUGAAGAAAGUGUUAUAUUUUUGGAAGAGGCAAUGAUUAUAAUGAGUGCAAUGAUCAAUGUACACAAUGAUGGUGCAUUGUUACUUUCAUCUUUGCUUCCACAUAUCUGCCAGUUUUUCAUCACCUUCAUUGACAAUGUUGUCGACAUCACCGAUAAGUUUAGAUUGAAGUUGAGGUUUUGUAAAUUAGCACAAGCGCUCGAAUUAGACAAGACCAAUUCCGGUUUGCAUGGCGCGUAUAAGCUUCGUAACUUUUACGCAAAGUCCAUGUUGGAGUGGUUGGAACAGAUUAUGAUUAUGGAUGAAGAUGUGGUUGAUAAUAGUCUUCUGGAGAGCAAGACGUCGGAAUUGAUUUAUUUGAAGAUGGAUUUCGCGAUACAUUGCGCGAAAAGUUUAAGUCUUCAACUUGAAGAGUUGUUACUUGAAAUACCAGAUGGUGUUAAAGAUAGUGAGGUUAAAAAAUACAAGGACAUUGCUUUUGGCAAUUACUUUUCCAUCUUCUACAAAAUCAUUCAAAAGUACACAAAGACAUCGUCGUCGGAUAGAUUUAAGCACAAGUUGCAACAGGUGACUGAUUAUGUUUUGGCUUCUAUUACAAACUUGCUUCAAUAUGAUUCUGAUAUUGGAAUUCAGUACUUGCUCCCUAUGGGCUACCAUGAAGACAAGAAAAUCAGGGCCAUUUUUUUGAAUGUUUUUGCCAGUAUGUUGACGUCAAAGACUGUGAAAAAGGGGGAUGAGGAGUACCCAUACCAGUUGGUUGAGCAAUUAGUUGAGGAGACUGAAAUAUUUGGGUCAAUUGCUGAAUGUGCGUCAAGCUCCGAACACAACCUUUUAGCAUCUUCAUUGUUUGGUGUGUUUUCAUAUACAAACAAGUUGGACAAAUUGUUUACUGUUUUGCUCACUGAUGAAGUUGCCAAUUUGACACGGUCAACUGAUUUGUUUCGAAGAAACUCCACUUUAACGAGACUACUUUUCAAUUUCACUCAAGAUCAUGGGUUGGAGUACUUGAAGAGGGAAUUGUUUGCCGUUAUUGAAGAAAUUGUGAAGGAGGAUGUUUAUUUUGAAGUUGAGAAGCGAGAAUCAAGUGAAGAUUCAGCACUAUUCAUCACUUACUUGGGAAGACUUGUUGAUCUGAUUGUUGGCUCUUUUGAUGCGCUUCCUAAUGCAUUCAAAUUUGUUUGCUCUCAGAUUUACCAAUCGGUUUCAUCGAAGUUUGAAGAUUCUGCAUUGAUUGCAGUUGGAUCCUUCAUCUUUUUAAGAUUCAUCUGCCCUGCAAUAGUCAGCCCCCAACAGUACUUUAAAAUUCCAGUGGAGAACUCCAAGACUAAAAGAUCCCUAAUGCAGUUGGUGAAGGUUUUGCAGAAUAUGGCGAAUGGUACUAUAAGCACGAUCAAAUGGCCUGGUUUGGUUGACGUUGGAGAGAUUUUGAAUGGAUUCAAUCUUCGAAUUAGAGAGUUUUUGACUAGGAUAUCCACAGUUGAACUCAUGGAGUACCCGUUUUUACCGAAUGCUGAUACAAAGCCAAUUGCUGAAAUAAGAUACUUGCAUAAAUUCAUCUACGUUUACUUUGCACCGAUUAGGAUGAAUUUCCUACUUGGGAAAUCGGCAUUUAGUGUCAAGACGUUGCACGAAAGAGUCAAAAAGUUUAAAUCAUUUGACUUGGUGGUGAUGAAGUUGGGCCAACCAAAAGCGAAUGUCCGCUUGCAGUUAGCAUCCAACUUCAGAAUCUUUGAUCCAUCUAGCGGCGAUGGCGAGGAGCUCAAGUUUAAUGACUUCAUGACGAAACUGUCGUUGAAAUAUGCCGAUACACCACCCGAUGCUUUGAAUCUUAUACAAUCGUCGAUAUUCAAGGAUGGAACGCCUGUUGUUGUUGUGAACCUUCGUAGAUUGAAAUUCCGACCAGAUGACAUCAACUACCUCGUGUACAAGCUACUUGAAACCGCUUCUCAGAUUUGGGAAAACAAGUUUUACCUCAUUUACGAUUUUUCAGAGUUUUAUUUUUUCAAACUGGAGGCGCCUGAUGAGUAUACCCAUUUGGUAUCAUCUUACGCACCAAAGCAAUUUUUUGCCAGCUGCUCACGUGUUUACUACUUCAAUGUUCCAAGAACGGAGUACACCAGCUUGAUCAAAUCAAUGCAAAGUUUGAGGAAGAAGGGGUCUGAUUUUGGAACCAAGAUUUACAUUCAUUCGUCGAUCGAUCCAGAUAGCAUUGUAAGCAACCUUUGCUUGGAUGCAGAGACUGUCUCCAUUAGUCGUGAUGCGAAAGUUACAUAUAGGAAUGUGAUGUUGUACGAGCCAUCGAUUGAGCGAUACGAACAGGUUAGCCUCAGGAUAGGACGCAAGUUUUUGACUGUUUGUUUUAAAGAGAGUGUUCAAUUCAAAAGUGCUUAUUCAGCCAUGGAUAACUUCACCCCAUUGGAGGUUCACAGAUUGACAGAUUUGGUUAGAUGCGAGGUAUCCGACUUUACUGGAGUUGAGGAUGAGUUUACAAUUUACUUCAAGCAUAAUGAGCCAGUGACGUUUAGAUCACCCAACCGGCUUGAAAUUUUGCGGUUCUUGUACUUUACAACUUCCAGAUUACCAAGAGAUACUUCAUUGUUGGAUGCGGAAAAGGACUCUCGUGCUGAGGCGCACGUGAUGCAUUGGUUUGGACGAUUGUACAAUAUAGUAUUCCAGGGAUUGCUUAGCAAUGAUGCUGGAGUGAAGUCAUCGGCAGCUGUGUUGUUUGGAUCUUUGUCCUCCUAUUUUGGAAUUGAUUUUGGCAUCAAUGAAGCUCACGCCAAGUACUUACCUUUCCCUACCGAUGCAACGGCGAUGGUUGUGUCUGUGUCCAAGCACCUAUCAAUCAAGUUCCCCGAAAUGACAUACAGGUUUUUCAAAGCUUAUUUUGACAAUUUUGAAAAGAUGGACUUGGAGACCCGCAUGAGUUCAGUAUUGUAUGUGGCGCCUUGGAUAAACAAUAUUUACGAUUACGUUUACUCUCAAAGUGGAUUUAGAGGUCCCGACCGGGUUGCAGAAUUGAUUAGACAAUUUUGUCGUCUCACAAUGAUCAACAAGAAUCGAAUCCCGUUCACCAACGACUACAUAUGGAGAAUUCUUUUCCGCGAGACGAGAUUGGUUUCAUCUUUGGUUGAUGAAGUCGUUGCAUUUGCAAUUGACAGCAAGAAUGAGGGUCCUGAGUGGUCAUUCAUUAUCGCUGUAAUUACCCCCUCUGUUGAAGUUUGCGGUGAGGUGAUGUCGAGAUUGCAGACGGCGAUCAAAUACGUUCUCACUACGGAUUCUGCAAUUGCUUCACAAUCAAAACUAUUUGAAAUCACCGUUUUGAUCAAAAUUUGCUCAUCCUUGUUUUUCAGCUCGUAUGCCCUUGCAAGAUUGUAUUUGGCAGACGUUAUCUUUCUUGUCACCUUGUUUAUUGACAAUGCUUACUUGGAGGUGGGUGCCGACUUGAGAAAUUUAAUCAUUAGUACAGUGCAAUCGUUUUUGCACAAGCCCAAUUUGACAAGUCAUCAACAGGAUGUCAUCAACAAUACAAUUGAAUAUUUCACUACUCCUCGAGCUAAAAUGUUGUUUGGCAUGACGCGAGAAGCAAAGCCCCUUGCUGAUAUCGGUCAGGCUUUCAAUCGAAUCAUUAAUUUUGAAGUUUUAUGUGAUUACUUGAAUGAGUUCAUUGAGGUGGUUAGUACUUCUGAUGAUAAAACGAAUUGGAAAGCGCGAUGGUCGUCAAAUGCCAUCGAUGUUGCCUUCAACAAUUUCUCGUUGUUUCAGGAUAAUGCAAUCUUGGUUGUUGGUAUACUCGCAAAAAGAGGAAUCACAGACUCUGUUGCUUGCCGAACUAUCAAAUUAGUAGCUCAUGGCGAGUUGAGGAGGAUUGAUACUGUCAUUUGUGUUGCUGUUUCAGCGGCACGUAUCAUUGAAGGAUUACCUAGUGACUCGAUGCUACCGCCAAUUUUGAUAUGGUCUCAAUUGUGCUUUGCUUUAUUAAACCAGUCAAUUCUUUAUCAAUCAGCCACGGAGAACUUGGUUGCUUCUAUGGUCAAGAUCAUGGGUCACGACGAUUACAUUGCAAACGCGUAUACACAAAGACAAUUUUUGGAACCUCACUUGUCGGAAUUUGAGGAGAAGCAUGGCAUCUGCAUUACGGAGAACAAUUUUCGAGUCUACAUAUUCCAGAUUUUUACACGGGGACUUAAAAUAUCUCAGUACAGAAACUCAUCUUUGAAAUGCAUCAAAUCUUAUGUCAAGAAACGUUAUGAGCUUUCGCGUGAGAAACCAAUUCCUGAUGAUCCCCUCUGGGGCAAUGCCCAUGCCUACCUCGUGAUGUUGUAUUUGUUUUCGGAUACAAAGGAGUUUGAAGAGUUUUUGGAUGAGUUGGACUAUGUUUAUGAAUCUUUCAACUUGAAGAAUGGGCAACGGAUACCAAUUUUCUUGUUGGAGUUCUUGGAAACAAAUCAAGAAGCGUCGAAACUUACCUUGUUGCAAUUGGGAGGAUUUUUCGCAGAUGAGAAAAUUAUUGACGUUGGGUUCAGAAUGAAGUUUAUCUCCAUUUACCACUACUUGUUGAAUCAUAAUCAAGAAUCGGCAUUACUUAUAUUCCAUUUAGUGGAGCUGGCAUUAGCUCGGGAUUUGGCAGUUGCAAACUCGUUGGAGGCAGUGGAGAGUAUAUCUGGAAUUAUCUUUCAAGUGUCUGAGAUCGAGGACUAUAGACCAGAGAGCUACAUUGCAAGCAUUGACGAUAUUAUACGGUCACGGAGUUUAGUUUUUUUGAACAAGAUGGAUGAUUUGCAACCAGUUGAAGCUAUUCUUGAUGAGGAGAGUGUUUUCAAGCAAGAAUUUGAUAAGGAUAUCAAAGCUAUUCAAUUUAUGUUUUACAGAGCUGCAUGCACUUAUAUUGAAGGGUUGAAGUUGGAGGAUUGA